CUCUCGGCGGCAAAUGGAAGCUGUGAAAGAAGAAGGGCCUGUCCCUCUAUGGUACGGCCGACUGACUACCUUCACCGCCGUUGUUUUCGUGCUUUUGUGGGGGAGAAAGGCAACAUGUUAAAGUCGGUGUCGUGCAGCCUGGUACGGCACGUCAAAAGCGGCUGCAAUCGCAGAUUUCUCAGCUCGAGCGCGCUCUACGUGCAGGGUCAAACGCCCGAGCCAAAGAUUAGAGAAUAUUUUUAUUACAUCGACCACCAGGGAAUGCUUUACUUGGAUGAUUCACGCAUGAAAAACUUCACAUCUUGUUUUAAAGAAAAAAAGUUUCUUCACUUUUUCUUCACUCGGCUGAGGCAAAACACAACCGACCGCUACUUCCCAGCCUUCCCUUACAUUUCGCCCUGCGGACGGGAACGCAACUUUGUCCGGUGCGACGACCAGCCCUUUGUGUUCACCCACGUGCUGGAAGACCCUGAAAAGGGCCAGGUGCUCAGUUACGGAUACGCCGGAGACCUGCUCACGGUGCCCUUUCAGCCCGAGUGCAUUUUCGUCCAUCCGGACACAGGCCGAGUUUAUCAUCCUGCACCGGAAAAGGUCGGCGGCGUCGGACUGGUGCGCUCCCAGCUGGCCAUCGAGUUCAGCCAGUACUUUGUUUUUGACGAUGGACGGCCGGUGGGCUUCAAGUGGGCGGGGAAGGAGCACAGGCUGAGGGCGGACUGGGUUCCUGAGGCUGCCAAGUUCAGAUCAGGAGGUCUCGCGGACGACUGAGUUCGGAGCAAGAGGGACCGAGAAGGGCUUCAAAGAGUUGCAGGCGACCCACGAUAGUCCUUGAGGAGAUUUCUUGUCCUCGUCCAAAGACUGUAAUAAUUAAAUGAAAAUAAAAUUUUAUAAAUUAGAAAUAUUUGUGCUUCAAUUAUUUAAAAACAAUUUAUCACAGUAUGAUUGAUUGAAUUUAAAUUAACAAAUGGAAAUCUUAAAAUAAAGCUUGAAG